AUGCAACUAAAGACGUGGGCACUAGCCCUCACUCUGUGCGGCGUUGUUGAGGCCACGAUCCUUCAGAACGGCCAAGUAAGGGAGUCUCACUUCCCCGACACCAGGAUCAGUGACCUUUCUGUAUAUCAUUUCAAUACAUACGAUGCAGACGCUGCGGAAAUAUCGUAUAAGGGCCGGUGGGAUUCGAAUAAGGUGUCAUACUGGUCAGCUCCUGGACUCGUCUUUGGUUUCUCGGGAGACAAAGUCGCCAUCACCUUUGGCGAAAAUACCGUGAAUGGGACCCUCGUCGGCUAUCGGAUCAGUGGAAGGGACUGGAUUUUCACAAAUGUCACUGGGGGAGGGACGCAUUUGCUUGUCACCCCUGAGACGCCCGGAAUUGACGAAGCAUACCCUGUGAACCCCCAGCGAUUUGAGAUGCGCGUCUCAAACUGGGGCUACGGGAUCCAGAUUGACAAAGUUCACGUUGGAACUGGGGAGUCCUUGAUCAAGAUUCCACCCUACAACCGAACCAUCGAGUUCAUCGGAGACAGCCUAUCAGCGGGAGACUUCCAGAGCUACGAAGGGUUGUCAAGCUUUGCGUAUGGCGUUGGCGAGGGCCUGGGCGGAACCGAGUACUACGUGACUGCAUUUCCUGGUAUUUGCGUUACGGAUCAGGAAUGUUGGGGUAAUCCACGGGGACAAGUGCACCAAUGGUUCUACUCUUCGGAUACUAGCUGGCGAGCUGCGGAAAUCUGGGGUGAUAACCCUGAACCCUGGGACUUCGAGAAGAUGGAGACAAUACCGGAUAUCGUUGUCAUCAAUCUCGGUACGAAUGAUAACAACGUAGCGAACAAUGUCUCAGCUGAGGCAUAUGUGGACGCCUACAAGAAACUCAUCCAAGGUGUCCACGGCAAAUACCCAAACGCUCAAGUCGUUAUCAUGGUUGAACUCUGGCUCGGGUUCUACCAAUACGGCAACAGCUACGCACAAUACCAGGGAUUCCAACAUGAGCUUGAAGAAAUAGUAGCGUACUUUAACUCGGACAGAUACUUAUCGGCGCCGAAGAUAUGGGAUGGUGUGACAGAGACCAUCGAGACACUCAACAUGCCAAGUGAACCCUUUGUCCACUAUUUCCGAACCAAGGGCAUCCUCCAGCACAACGAUAUCGGCCCGCAGUAUCACCCUACCGACGUCGGCGCGAUCAAAGUCGCUAGUCAUCUACUUCAGUACAUCAAGUUGACUUUUGGCUGGGAUUUAGCUGCCACAGGCCCCGAGUAUGUCUUUCACACUUAG